GAUUAGGUACUCAACCUUUUGUUCUUUACACAUUUGUUUAUUGUUACUCAUAAUAUUGUCAUUUCUUCUAUCCUUUACUCAAAUAUAUCACUUUCAGUGAUUUUGAAGUUGUAUGAUCUGCCAUUGAAAGGUUUCAGGUCAUAACCGCAAAGGAAAGAAACGAGAAUACAGUAGAUAUGGCUCAUGCAAGUGUGGCUUCUCUUAUGAGAACAAUAGAAUCGCUCUUGACAUCCAAUUCUCCGAUGCAAUCUCUAAUCUGUGAUCACAGAGAAGAACUUUGCGCUCUUUGUGAAAAAGUUAGUUCCCUGGAAGUAGUUGCCAAGAACUUUGAGAAAAACAAUGUUUUGGGAGAAAUGGCGGAUUUGGAAGUAGAGGUAAAAGAAGUUGCAAGUGCUGUUGAAGACACAAUUCAACUACGAGUAACUGAAGUUUUAGAAAAUGAUGAAAGUCUGAGAGAAAAGGCACAUAGGCUUUCUGAUAGCCUGCAACAAGUAGCAGAGGACAUUGAUCGUAUCUUGAAAGAGUCAACAAAGAUUCAAGAUAAAGGCAAACAAGCAUCAAAGGAAUCAACGGUUCAAGAGUUUCCAAGCUCGCCAAAAGAUAUUCUGAAUGUUGAGAACUGUAUGGUUGGACGUGAUGAUCAAAGGAAACGGUUGGUAGAAGAUCUGACUAGAAGCAAAUCUGUCGAACCCAAAGUCAUCCCGAUUAUCGGGAUGGGUGGCAUAGGUAAAACAACCUUAGCGAACGAAGUUUACAAAGAUGCGUGCAUUCGUUCUCAUUUUGAUGUUUGUGCCUGGGCUACUGUUUCUCAACAACACAAUGCAAAGGAAAUAUUGUUGAGCCUUCUGCGAUCUACUAAAGGUGACACAUUUGACAUGAAUGAUGAGGCAGAGCUAGCAAACAUGCUACAAAAGAGUUUAAAGGGUAAGAGAUAUUUAAUUGUAUUGGAUGACAUGUGGAAAACUGAAGCAUGGGAUGCCGUGAAACUAUGUUUUCCAAGUGGAAACAAGGGGAGUGUAAUAUUAUUGACGACCCGUAUCACUGAAGUAGCCCGCGAUGCUGGUACAAAGAAUCUUUCUUUGCAGAUGGAUUUAAUGGGCCCGGAUGAGAGCUGGCUUCUUUUCAAAAGUGUAGCAUUUUCAAGUGAAGAAUUACCAUCUGAUUUGAAGACUAUUGGGAAGCAAAUUGCAGAGAAAUGUCACGGGUUACCACUAACUAUUGCCGUGAUUGCUGGGCUCCUCAAAUCUAAAAGGGCAAUAGCAGACUGGGAAAAUGUUGCUAAAGAUGUCAAGCCAUUUGUCACAAAUGAUCCUGACAAACAAUGUUCACGUGUGCUUGGGUUGAGUUACAAUCACUUGACCAGCGGACUAAAAACGUGUCUUCUGCAUUUCGGAAUUUUUCCAGAAGACAGUGAGAUACCAACAAAGAAAUUGAUGAGAUCAUGGAUGGCUGAGGGGUUCUUGAAGUUGGAAAAUGAUUUGGAAAGAGAGGCUGAGAAGUGUUUGCAAGAGCUUGUUGAUAGAUGUCUAGUUCUCGUCUGCAAGACAAGUCUAGAUGGAACAAAAAUUAGAUCAUGUAAGGUUCAUGAUCUAAUAUAUGACCUGUGUGUGAGAGAAAUUCAAAGGGAGAACAUUUUUAUCAUGAACGACAUUGUGCUUAAACGAUAUUACUCAUAUUCAAAAUGUCGAUAUCUUAGUAUGCAAAAAAUGCAGCCCUUUAAAGAAGGUGUGGCUUGGCGCUAUGAUGGUCUUUAUAGGGCUCUUCUUACCCCUGUACAUCGUCAGUUGGGGGAUAAUGACAAUAACGAUCUUUUGAAACGAACCCGUUCUAUUUUCUCUUUUCAUCUUCAGGAUUCAUAUUAUGAUAUUCUCAAAUCAGAGCUUAUUCAUUUCAAAUUACUCAAAGUCUUGGAGUUGAGACACAUAGAGAUUGAUAAUUUCCCUGUACAGAUACUAAGCCUCAUCUGGCUGAGGUUCCUAUCAUUGCUCUGCCUUGAGAGUUUAGACAUACCUCCAGAAAUUUGUAGGUUAUGGAAUCUGCAGACAUUCAUUGUUCGAGGGAAAAAUGUAGUUAAUGCAAUAACUAUAACUUUUCCUGAGGAAAUUUGGGGACUAAUGCAAUUAAGGCAUCUUAAACUUCCCAGAAUCUAUUUGCCAGAUUGCCCAAGUGGAUCUGUUGACAAAGGAAGGCACUCGGAUUUUUCAAACUUACAAACUAUUUCUUACUUGUCUUCACGUUGUUGCACGAAGGAGGUUAUUAUGGGGAUUCAGAAUGUUAAAAAAUUACGAAUUAGACGAGAUGUGACUUACUCUGGGCCUCUCAACAAUCUUGUCCAUCUGCAUCAACUUGAAACAUUGAGUCUUACAUAUUGUUUGCGUCCACUUUUGCCAUCAAGUGCAAAAGCUUUUCCAGCAACGCUCAAGAAGCUGAAGUUGGAAAGAACUUUUCUACGUUGGUCAUACUUGGACAUCAUAGCUGAGUUGCCUAAUCUUGAGGUGCUGAAGCUGAUAUUUUUGGCUUGUCGUGGCGAAGAAUGGCACCCAAAUGUUAGGGGAUUUGCUCGAUUGAAGCUUUUGUUAAUUGAAGAUAAUGAUGUCAAGUACUGGAAAGCCACAAAUGACAUUUUUCCUGUCCUUGAGUACCUUGUGCUUAAAGAAUGCAGACAUUUGAAAGAGAUACCCAUUGAGUUUGCAGAAAUCCACACACUACAACUGAUUGAGUUAAAUUUGUGUCUUUCCGAACUUGGGGAAUCUGCUACACGAAUUCAAAAAGAACAAGAAGACCUCGGAAACAACCCCAUGGAUGUUCGUAUCUCCCGUCCACGUAAGUAUAUAGUAUGUAUCAAGGUCACACUCUGUUUCUCAUUUCCACAAGUCAAGUGUACACAAAAGUUAUUUAGCUUUGUACCAUAUUCUUUCACAAAAAUAACUUUGACAAAAUUUGGCCCCAUAUUCUUUCACAAAAAUAACUUUGACAAAAUUUGGUUAAAACUCCACUUAAAAUGUAAGAGAAAUUAACAAGAAUAUCUCUUAUAUUUGAAGGUAGUUCAAAAUGGCCCCUUAAAUAUAUUUUUGAGCAAUUUUGGUAUUUUAGUUUAAGCUUUGCUAAAUGUGAGCACAUUUGGUCUAAUUGUUACUACCUCCGUCUAUCAAUAGUUGUCCACUAUUAACUUGACACAUAAGUUAAGAAAUAGUAAACGAUGGGACUAGUUUUACCAUAUUACCCUUUGAAUCUAAUAAAUCAAAUGUUUGUGAAAACACAUUGGAUAAUGAAUCAUAUUUAAUGCUAAGGGUAAAAUGGGUAAAUUAUCCAUUGGUUUCAAAAUGGACAAGUAUUAUUGACAUUUAUUUUUGAUAUGGUGGAGUAAAUUUUACAUAAUAGUGAAAAAGAAAAUUAAAUAUGAACUCACAUUUCAAGGUGUUCUCUUUGCAUUUUUAUUUUCUUGUUUGUUGCGGGAUUUGGUGCAGCUUGUUUCGCUUCAUAAAAUUGAUUUCUUUGUAACAAUUCAACAUAUCUAUCACUAAUGUAAGAAUCUAUACUUAAACAAUUGCACUUGAUAUUUCUAUACUUUAAUCGACAUGAUUUGAUUGUAAAUGGGAGAUUUUAUAUUUCUAAUUUAUAUUGCUGGGCUUGAUCUCGUCGAGCAGCUUUUGGAAAAAAGGACACAAGGAGAGGACGAGCAACAAGAGUAUUCAAUCUGUUUCUAUCCAAUAUGGGGAUUUUGAUUCGAUAAAUUUAUGUGGUAGUGUCUUCUAGCUUGUUAAUGACGAGCAACAAGCAACAAGAGUAUUGUGCUGUACUUUUCCUCCUUCAUGUAGCAAUUUAUAUUGGGUAUGUUUGACGGUAUAGAGUAACUCGUGUUCUUGAAUUGAUUUCUGUGAUCUAUUUAUUCGAUAGAAUAAUUUAACGAAAAGGCAUAAGUUCCCUCAA